UCCGGCGCCGCGCCCGCCGGCGCCCCCGGAGGUGCCCCCGGCCCAGCCGGGUCGUCGCCCCGCUGCCGCGCCCGCGAGCCGCUUUGUCUCGGGCGGGGCAGGCGGGAGAGGCCGUCAGGUGCCCCCCGCCGCGGGCCCGGGCCCCCCGCCCCGGGGCGGCGGCGGCGGCGCCGGGCCCCGGGGCGGGGGGCGCGCCGGGAUGGGCCCCAAGCGGCGACAGCUGACGUUCCGGGAGAAGUCGCGCAUCAUCCAGGAGGUGGAGGAGAACCCGACCCUGCGCAAGGGCGAGAUCGCGCGGCGUUUCAACAUCCCUCCGUCCACGCUGAGUACCAUCCUGAAGAACAAGCGCGCCAUCCUGGCGUCGGAGCGCAAGUACGGUGUGGCCUCCACCUGCCGAAAGACCAACAAGCUGUCCCCCUACGACAAGCUCGAGGGGUUGCUCAUCGCCUGGUUCCAGCAGAUCCGCGCCGCUGGCCUGCCGGUCAAGGGCAUCAUCCUCAAGGAGAAGGCGCUGCGUAUAGCCGAGGAGCUGGGCAUGGACGACUUCACUGCUUCCAACGGAUGGCUGGACCGCUUCCGCCGGCGCCACGGUGUGGUGUCCUGCAGUGGCGUGGCCCGCGCACGGGCGCGAAACUCUACCCCGCGGACCCCAGCGGCGCCUGCUAGCCCGGCCGCGGUGCCCUCAGAGGGCAGCGGCGGGGGCAUGACGGGCUGGCACGCUCAAGAGGAGCAGCCACCGUCGGUGGCCGAGGGCUAUGCCUCGCAGGACGUGUUCAGCGCGACCGAGACCAGUCUAUGGUACGACUUCCUGCCCGACCAGGCCGCGGGGCUGUUCGGAGGCGACGGCCGCCCGCGCCAGGCCACCCAGCGCCUGAGCGUCUUGCUGUGCGCCAACGCAGAUGGCAGCGAAAAGCUGCCCCCGCUGGUGGCCGGCAAGUCUGCGAAGCCCCGUGCAGGCCAAGCCGGCCUCCCCUGCGACUACACCGCCAACUCUAAGGGUGGUGUCACCACCCAGGCCCUGGCCAAGUACCUGAAGGCCCUGGACACCCGAAUGGCUGCAGAGUCUCGACGGGUCCUGUUGCUGGCUGGCCGCUUGGCUGCCCAGUCCCUGGACACCUCGGGCCUGCGGCAUGUGCAGCUGGCCUUCUUCCCACCGGGCACCGUGCAUCCGCUGGAGCGGGGAGUGGUCCAACAGGUGAAGGGCCACUACCGCCAGGCUAUGCUGCUCAAGGCCAUGACCGCCCUAGAGAGCCAGGAUCACUCAGGCCUGCAGCUGGGCCUCAUGGAGGCCCUGCACUUCGUGGCUGCGGCCUGGCAGGCAGUGGAGCCUUCGGACAUAGCCGCCUGCUUUCGUGAGGCUGGCUUUGGAGGUGGCCCUAAUGCCACCAUCACCACUUCCCUCAAGAGUGAGGGGGAGGAAGAGGAGGAGGAUGAGGAAGGAGAAGAGGAGGAGGAAGAAGAGGAGGGUGAAGGGGAGGAGGAGGAGGACGAGGAGGAAGGCCAGGAGGAAGAGGAAGAGGAGGAGCGGGGAGAAGGAGAGGAGUUGGGAGAGGAAGAGGAGGUGGAGGAAGAGGGUGAUGUUGAUGACAGUGAUGAAGAUGAGGAGGAAGAGGAGGAGGAGAGCUCCUCCGAGGGCUUGGAGGCUGAGGACUGGGCCCAGGGAGUAGUGGAAGCUGGUGGCAGCUUUGGGGGUUACGGUGCCCAGGAGGAGGCCCAGUGCCCUACUCUCCAUUUCCUGGAAGGUGGGGAGGACUCCGAGUCGGACAGUGAGGACGAGGAGGAUGAUGAAGAGGAGGAUGAGGAAGAUGACGAUGAAGACGAUGAGGAGGAUGGUGAUGAGGUGCCUGUACCCAGCUUCGGGGAGGCCAUGGCUUACUUUGCCAUGGUCAAGAGAUUGGAGAUUUCCAAGAGGUCCUCCGGGGGAGUGACAGUGGGUGCUUCCCUGGUGAGCGGCUGCAGGCUCCAUGCCUCUCCCUCUCUGGCAGGGCGCCAUCCUGGGCAGAGGGGCCUGGGGCUGGGCCCAGAGGCCAGCCAUCCAGCUGCUCCUUUCCCAGUGUGAAUUCAAUAAAUCUGUCCACUCCCCUUUUGUGGGGGUGAACAUUUUAACAGCCAA